GCCAUCAUGACGAGACUAUUUAUAAGUUCCAGUAUACCAAGCUUAAAUUCCGCAGCUAGUCGGCAACCAAGCGCGCCACACGUUGGUUCCUGGACUAUUAUUAUAUGAAAAUUUUAUAACAAAUGAAGUUUGUGUCGUGAAAAGUGAAAUAAAACAUGCCAAUCGGUAACGUCAGCCGGGACUCUGCUCCAAAACGAGAAACUUUCCGGCCGCCAUGGGUUAAGGAUAAAGAUACCGAAGCUCUGCCUUCGUGGACCCAGAAAAAACUGAAACCAGUGGAAAGUACAACGAAGGCUGCAGCUGAGAAUGAUGCUGCACCCUCAGAAACUCCUAAGCCUUUGAAACCUGUUUUAAAGAAACAAGCAACAGUGAAAGAAAAAGCUGAAAACGGUUUAUCAGAGGCAACAGAGGAGAAGUUAGUGAAACCUUCAGUCGCCAAACAAACGGAUAAAACAUCAAAACCGACUGAAGAUAAGCCGAAACUUCUUAAAACAGCACUAAAAUCCUCGGAUAGGACAAAAUCAGAAGCAACAAGUAAUACCGAGAAACUACCAGACAAACCGAUUCUUAAAAGCGUCAGGACCAUAGAUGACAAAGCUAAAGAAAAAUCAGUUAGUAUUGUAGAUAAGAAAACCGUUUUUAAUAAGAAUGAUACUCCAAAAAUAAAUCAAGUAAACGAUAAAAAUCUUAACAAUAAAUCAGACAAUAACAUAAUUAAAGACGCGAAAAAGGUAGAAAAACAAAUUGAGCAACCAAAAGUACUAGAAAAGGUUGAAGAAAAACAAAAAAUGGCUACUAAACCACCGCUUGAGAAAACUCCCUCCAAGUUGCCUCCACGUAAGCCCUCAUUACAAAAAGCUCCAUCCAAAGACGACGUGAUGCUGAAAAAAUGGAGAGAUCCAUUACACGAACGGGUCAAAGAAAACAUCGACAAGACCUUGGCUAACGAAAUUCCGAAAGGACACACCUUGACGAAGAAUGAAAGCUUAAGGAAUUUAUUGAAACCUACACCACCGCCGAUGCCACCUCCGCCGCCUCCGAAACUACCCCCGCCACCCGACUUUAAAAAGGCUCCCGUUGAUCCAGCAAAGCUGAAGAAAUUAGAAGAUCUUCGCAGCAGACCGAGGAAAAGACCAGACUGGAGUGACAUGAUGAAAGAGGUGGAGCAAGGAAAAAAAUUGAAACAUGUAGUUUGUAAUGACAGAUCCAAGCCCAUCAUAACAACAUCUGUAGUUGUUAAAAACAAAGACCAAUUCAUAUUCGAGUCCGAGAAACCAAACUCGCACAACGAGUUGCUUAAAGAAAUUAACAAAGGAAUAAAACUGAAGAAGGUUAAAUGUAACGAUAGAAGUAAACCUAAUUUGGAGGGUUUGCGUAAAUUUAGAAGGCAAAUGACAAUAGAGGAACAAUUACAAAAAUCCAUGUCUCAAGCUAACUUAACAGCAUCGCCGUCGGGCGUUUCUGUUGCAGAGGCACCAGCUGCAGAAGAAAAUGAUAUUGAUGAGAUGGAUGACAUUGAUAAAGUAAGAGACGACCUUCAAUCGACUAAGCAACUUUUAGCCAUUGAGCUGAGAAAUAAGGAAGCUCAGGAGAGAGAAAACAAGAGAUUACUAACAAGAAUCCAAAAUCUAGAAGCGGAAUUAGCAAGAGAGAGGGCUAUAAUAAAACAAGAACAGCACAAGACUGUGAUAUCUGUUACUGACGCUUAUGACGAAAGGCUGGUUAAUAAUUUAAAAAUGGAAGUUGAAAAAGCAAAGGAAACCGCAGAUAAUUUACAGAAGCAAUAUCUGUUGGCAGCAGAAGAAAGAGAUGACGCGCAGUCGGAGUUAGAAGAACUGAAAAGAAAGAAUUCAGAAUUAGAAAAGAAAUUAGAACAGGCUCUAUCCAAUAAGAUCGACGAACUAUUAAAGUCGGAAGAGCCCUUAUCUUUCUAUCAAAAGACUCAGCUAGAUUUCCUGAAGCAGUGUAGGUUACUGAACUUAGACGCUAAAACCGAUGAAAUAGCAAGUGAUGCUAACAAUAACAUUAAUACCGCUUGUACUAACUUAGAGGGAAUUGAGGGUGUGAUUCCUUCGAACGUUGGAUCAAGACGUUCCAGUCACGCUAUCAAACAACUAUCCGUCACCAAAGAUGACAGCUUUGAAGAGGAAGAAGAAUCGGAUGCAGAGGAGGAGGAGACAGAAGAGAAAAAACAAAAGAGGUUAGAGAAAGAAAUUCGCAAUAUGAGAAACAAAAUACGUCAUCUGAAAGAAAAACAAGAUAAUAUGAAGAGAGAAAGGAUGGGAUACAAAAUGGCGCUCAAAAAUCAGCAAAGUUGCCUCAAAGAAGAAAAACGAAAAUUCAAAGAGCUUAAGCGUGAAGUUGACAAAAUGGCUGCCAUGAUGAAGGAAGUCGGCACUGAUGAAGAAGAUGAGGAUGACGAAGAAGAAGAGGAAUCCGAAGAGGAAAAGAAGAGUGGGUCAGAAGAAGAAGAAGAAACAGAGACCGAGACAGAACAGGACACAGAAAGUGAAACUGAGAGUGAGAGUGAGCCAGAGGAUGCUCCACUGCCCAAAAAGAAAGACAACCUAGCAAAACGUCUGAAGAGACACGAAACGAGAGUGAAUGCGUUAAAAAAAGGCAACACGCUACUCAUGGCUAAUGUGGACCGAUUGAAGGAUGACGUUCUGAAACAGAGAGAACAAUCGUGCACACUCCAGAAGGAAUUAGAUUCGCUGAUCGAUGACCUUGAAUAAUCGUUUGAACAAUUAAGGAUUUUCAUAUUACUAUGUUUUGUAAACUUUUAAUAACAAACACAAUUAUACGUAUUUAACUUAAAUUAAUUUUACUUGUUCAAGAAAGUGAACUUUUUAAUUUAUUGUGUAUUACAUACUAAGUAUUCCUUUUUUUUAAAGCUUAAAAUUAUGUUACAAAAUACAGAAAAACUGUAUCAUGAACCCAAGAAACAAACCUAAAUCAUAAGAAUAUUUCUUACAUUAUAUAUUUUCUUAACAUACUUAAUAUUUUUAUUUAAAAAUAUCUUAAUAUUUGUAAUAUUUAUAUAACCUUAAAAUUAUUUUAUUUAUGUACAUAGCUUCUAUUCGAAUGACUAGUAUGUAGUUAUACAAUAUAAUGUUCAUUAUGCUUCUCAUAAUUCCUAUUAAAACUAAACUAAAGCUUUUUUUAUAACUCGACACAAUAAACAAUUACCACACUUGUGUUUAUUUAUUUUCGUAGAAUUGGAUACACCAAAAUAAUAUAUGUAUAUUAAAACUCAAGGUUCUAUUUAUUUCUGGCAAAAAUAUUUACGAAAAUGUAAACUUGCUCUCAAUCAUUAAUAAUUGAUUCAUAUUAAUAAAUACAUUAAUACAAUAAAAAUCUAUUAAUUUUA